GGGGACCUGUUUACAGUCGCACGGACCCAAUCAUUUCCCGUUUCUGAACUCAAGCAUAAACAACGCUGUGUGGCCUAUAUAGUAGAUUAGGUAGUUAGUUUAUUCGUCACCUACCUAUCGAAUUUAGGCUUUUCGCAUUAGCGGACAUAAAACACGUUAGCUAUGCCUCUGUCUGAUCAAGAACAGAGAGGCCCCAGAAGACGACGACGGAGCCGAUCUGGCAGCGGCAGUCGAUCUCGCGACUCCAGUCCAGUCUUUGGGCCCAUGCCCAAGGGCCCCAGAUAUGAAGAAGAGCUUAAACCUCCUCGAAUGUCCGAGAGGGAAAGAGAAAUGAGAGAGAGAAAUGCCAAAAGGUUUCGUACGGAAAACCCCCGCAGUCGUUCUAAGUCUCGAGAGAGGUACAGUAACCACAGCUGGUCGGAUCAGCGCGGUGGCGGCGCUGGCAGAUACGGAGGUGGUGGCGGCAGGAAUGAUUACUACGAACGGGAUGAUGCUCAACGCCAGAGACAAGACGCCUUCAUCUCCAGGCGGCUACAAGAGAGGGAGAGAAUUGGUGAACUUGGAUCACCUGAGGUCUGGGGCUAUUCACCAAGAGUAAUGGCACCAGACUCUGAUGAACAUACCCCAGUUGAAGAGGAUGUGAAAAACAGCAGCUCAGAUUCAAGCUCAUCAGAUGAUAAGAAGAAGAAAAAGAAGAGGAGGAAAUCCAAAAAGAAGAAGAACAAGAAACACUCCAAUGACAGCGAGUCAGAAUCGGACUCUGGUGGUGAGGAAGUUAAAAAGAAGAAAAAGAAGAAGAGCAAAAAGUCAAAGAAGUCCAAGAAGAGGAAGGCGAAGAAGAACCGCAAGCAGUCAGCGAGCGACUCCAGCAGUGACGGGUCGGAGGAGGAGGAUGCCAACGGGGAUCUGUGGGUGGAGAGGACCUGCAUCGACGAACACAUGGUGGGCCCUGAGGCCCCACUCACCCACCUGUCCCAGGACGACAAGCCUCUCGAUUUUGGUCAUGCACUGCUGCCAGGUGAGGGUGCUGCUAUGGCAGAGUAUGUGAAAGCAGGCAAGCGUAUCCCAAGAAGAGGUGAAAUCGGGUUGACCAGCGACGAAAUCGCAACCUUUGAGAUGUCUGGCUUCGUGAUGAGCGGUAGCAGACAUCGUCGUAUGGAGGCUGUGCGUCUGAGAAAGGAAAACCAGAUCUACAGUGCUGAUGAAAAGAGAGCCCUGGCAUCUUUCAACCAGGAGGAAAGGAGAAAGAGGGAGAGCAAAAUCCUCUCCAGCUUCAGAGAAAUGGUGUACAGGAAAACUAAAGGCAAAGAGGAGAAAUGAACCAUUUUGUUUCUCUCCUUUCAGAACUUUAAGCUUCGGAGACCGUUUUUUACCAACAUUAUCUUUCGUUGUGUUUAGUUUCCAAUCGUUUCAUGAUUUGAUAAUGUACUUUCUUUCCUCUUUGUAUUGGGAAUUAAGCCUAUAUUUCAAGCAUCUCUGACACAGUGGACUAUUUUGUUUAUGUAGAAAGUAGUCAGAAAGUGAAUAUUGGAAAGUGCUUGUUUUUCUGGGGUCACAAAGCAAACACACGAAUGGACCAGGCAGCUAUACUUAGUGUAUAGAGCCAUUUUGUAUUAUGCUAUUACUAUAUUGUGCAUCCCAACAAAUCAAAUCCAAUCCAUCCCUGAACCUAUUGAUGUAACUUUUAAUGUUGGAAAUGUGCAUGUAAAAUCACAGGUUACAUGUUCAGAAUUAAUAAAUCAUUUUAAAAUA